AUGUUUAUGAGACAGAUUCCUUGUUUGAAAGAAUUGAAUUAUUUUUCAAUGGGGAAUAUAAGAAACAUUUCCAACCUCGGCUUCAUAAACUUUCCUGGAGCAACAGACUGCCUAACGGAUCUUUCAACUAUCAAAUUUGAAGGAAAUGUUUCAAAUGGAUUAAAAGAUUUGAUCUCUUCACAGAAUUAUUUAAAGCACUUGACGUUAUCACAAUGUUCUCAUCAAGUGAAGUGGUCUGAUGUUAUAUCUUUAUUAACAUGUAGUAUUGAUACUUUAACAAAUUUACGAACACUUGUUUUAUCACUUAAUCAUAUGGGAAAUUUUGAAGAUUUCAAGGAGUUACAAUAUGUUACAUUCCCACUAUUACAAAUCUUAAAAUUUCCUCAUAGAUUUCCUAACUGUGAAUACUUGGAUCAAUUUUUGGAAAUCAAUGGAAAGAAUUUAACAUGUCUUCACAUUGCCGAUUCUGAUCGUUCAUUGAAUUUAUUCAUAGCCAAAUUUUGUCCGAACCUUAGAACAUUAUCUACUACAUUCGCGGUUAAUGAAAUUGAUUCAUUGGAAAUUAUUUUGAAUAAUUGUCAACAGUUGGAAAGCAUUAAAGUUUGGUGUGGGUAUGGUUGUUUGGAUGAAAAAAAGUUGUUGGAAAUUUUGACAGAAUUUUCACCAAAAAAUUUUUAUAAAUUAAAAUUAAUACAUAAAGCAAAUUCUAGAUUAUUUCCAAAAGAUUUGAAAGAAUUCUUUACAAGGUGGAGUCAUCGGAUACCACAAAAGCCGCUUGUUUUAAUCAUUAUUAAGAGGUAUCGCGUAAAGAGAUUAGAAAUUCAAGGAGAAAUUAAGAAAGUAAUUGAAAAAUAUAAAAAGUUGGGUAUUAUUAAAAAGUUGGAAACCGUAAAGAUUGACGAUGAUUAA